UCAAGAUUCACCGGAGAUGGGAGAUCACGCACUUUCUUCGUUAAACAUUUCGCAGUUUUUUUCACUUAAAGACAUGCAUCAGUCAUUUAAUUGUAAUUUGUCCAGUGAGGUGCCUUUCCCAGAAACAAACUAUCAGCCAAUCAGCGUGGCGCCUUUUCCUACAGAAACCCAUCAGCUAAUCGCCGUGCCACCUUUUCAGGUGGUAAACAAUCAGCGAAUCAGCCAUUCGUAUUUUCCGAUGGUAAACCAUCAGCCAAUUCUCGUGGCACCUUUUCCAAUGCUAUACCAUCAGCCAAUCAGCGAGGAGCCUGUAAACCGUGAGCCAAUCAACGAGGCUUCUGUGCAAGACUAUCUCCAAGGAGGACUGAACUUUACUCAAGCGACUUCAGGAGCAGAAAGUAAGGUGGAAAGAUCUCAGAACAAAAAAGUGUCUAUCAAAAGACCCAUGAAUGCCUUCAUAUUAUGGUCAAAGAUUCACCGACCCACCUUGUCUAAGGCCAACCCUAUGGCCAGACACUGCGACAUCAGUGUCCAGUUGGGGUUAGAAUGGAACAAACUGUCUGAAGAGCAGAAGGAGCCAUACUAUGUGGAAGCACAUAAAAUCAAGGCAGAACACAUGCGGAAGUACCCAGAUUGGGUCUAUCAGCCAAAGAAGCGUUCCGUCCCCAGAGGGCCAACGGCCAUCCCUGCGGCGACCCAAAUCUCCUCACUCUCCACUCUGACAUGGGCACGGAGAUCCAACCCUUACCCAUCAGUCAGAGACAUCAGAGGGCAGAGCUGUCUAAUUCUUCCAGCCAACAUAAACCGAGGCAUGGAGAUGCAACAAGGUGUCACCAACAGUCUUCACUCCGCUCCUCACUGUAUCCUCUCUGCAAACCUCCACAUGACUGGACCGCAGUUCUACCCAGAGUGA